AUGAGUAUACAUAACAAUAUAGUUGAAUUAGUCAAAAAUAAAAAGGAGAUAAUAAAAGAAGAAAAAAAAAGAAAAAGGGGGAAAAGUUGUGCUUGUGCUAAUUCUGUUAUUGAAGAUAAUAAUAAUGUUUUAGAUAAAAAUUCGUUAAUUAAUAACUUUUUGAAUUCACAAAAAAUUAUAAAAGAAAUUCAACAACUAAACAACAUCUCACUAAGAACAGCUACUUAUUUGUUUAAAGUUGAGAUAAAAAAAAUAGAAAAAAUCAGACAAUGUAUAAAAUGGAAUAGCGUUCCUUAUAUUUAUCAAAAAUCAGCUGAUGACAUAUUAUUAAGGAAAAAUGAAUAUAUAAGAAAAUUGCAAGAAAAAAUCAAUGAGAAAAAAAAAAAUUAUAAAAAAUGUGAUUUAACUAAAGAAAAAGGAGAUAGUACCUUUCGUUCUAAAACUGUUCUUGAUGAAAAAAAAAAAAAAAAUAACAAGAAUUCAGUAACUAUAAAUGAAAGCUUUCAUGUUAGUUCUGUUCAAAAUGAGAAAAAUGUUCCCUUAGUAAAAUAUAGAAAAAUAAUAGGAUGUGAUGAUAAAAAAAAAGGUAAAAUAAAAAUUAAAGAAUAUGAAAUGAAAAAAAAUAAAAGAGAAGAACUGAUGAAUAUGGGAAAUGUAGAAGUAGAAAAUGUCAAAGUACAAAAUGAAUAUGAAGAUAAUAAAGAAGUAGGAAAUUAUCAAGGAUGCUGCUAUGAAAAUAAUAAUACAAAUGGUAAUUAUUAUUAUGAUGAUAAUGAGAAUGAUAAAUUUAGCAAUGCACAUAAAAAUGAGAAUUUACUAUGUUGCAUAAAUCAAAAAAGUAAAAAUCAUGAAGAUAAAAAUGUAAUAAAUAAUGAAUCAUUUGCUAAUAAAAUUCCAUAUAAUGGCAUAAUAAAAGAUUACAAUUGCUCUUUAAUGAAUAAUAUAAAUAAUCAAAAUAGAAAAGGAUGCACAAAUAUAUUUGAUUUUUCUGAUAGAAAUAUUUUAAAUAAUAUAGUAGACAUAAAAAGGAAAACAGCAAUGUGUGUAGGUAAUGAAUAUAAUGACUUAAAAACUGAAGAAGAAACGAAAACAAAAAAAACAAUCCCUAAUUUUGAAAGGCAUACUGUUUCUUCAUUCAUUAAAAAUUUGAGUGCACAAAAAGUAUUACAUGAAAAAAAGUAUAGUGAAAAAAAAAAUAAAAAAAAUAUAAAUAAUCAAUCCAAGAGAGCACUAUCUGCUUGCGAUUAUUCAACAAAAAAUAAAAUAAAUAAAUUAAAUACACUAAAAUCAAAGAAUAUGAAAGAAGCAAAUAAAAAUAACCGAAAUAAUAAUAAAGAUUUUAGUGAAAAUGAACAAGUAUAUGAGAAGUUAUGGAAUUAUGUAAUUAUUAACGAAGAUACAGAAAAAAAUAAAAAAGUUGACUUAUUUCAUAUAGGUCCCCUAAAUGAAGAUUAUUCAUGGGUAAGUAAUUUAAGAAAUUAUAGUUCUGAAAAUAAAUUAAAAAAAUUGCAAAUGAAAAGUAAUUUGAGAAAUUCUUGCUCAAAAGUAGUAUCUCGAAAUAAAAUAAUACAUAAUAAUAAAAAGAAGCAAAAUGAAAUUAAUGGCAAUUUCUUAAAUGGUAAAGGUGGUAUAGAUAUCAUUAAUGAUAAUUUAACAAGUGAUAGAAAUAUAAGUGUAUAUAAAGAUAGUUUCUAUUCUUAUUGUGAUUAUUAUGAUAAAAUAGAUAACAAAGGAAAAGGUAACGAUAAAUAUUAUAUUUACAUUAAUAAAAGUGAUAACAAUUCUGACCUUCAUAAUCAAUACAGAAAUGAAUGCAUAAAUAACAAAGAAAAAAAAAAACAACAGACUAUUAAAGAAAAUCACAAAUUGCAAAAAUUUUUAGAACAAGAAGAAAAAAUUCCAUUAGAUAAGAUUAAAGAACGAAAAUAUUAUGUAGAUAUAGAACAAAGUAAAAAUAUGAAUAUACCAGAAAGGCAAAAAGUUUAUUAUAUGAAAGAAAAUAUCCCGAAUAAUUUUAAAAUAUUAAUAAACGGAGCUAAUGAAAAUAUUAUACAAUAUAAAGAAAACAAAAUUGAAUCAAGAGAUGAUAUCAUCAAUAAACAAAACUUUAUGCAUGCUAAAACAGAACAGUAUCCAAUUUUACGUGGAUAUAUUAAUAAUGUAUUUAAUGAUUGUAAAGAAAAUAACAAGUUUAUAAAUAUAAAAUUAAACAAUGAUUAUAAUUUUAAAAGUGCUCAAUUUAAAAAUAUGCAAGGAAAUGAGUAUCUUACUAAUGAAUUAAAAAAUUAUAAAUCUGUUAAUUUAAGAAUUAAAUGUAUGAGUAAUUCAAAUCAAAAUUUACAGAAAACUAUCAACAAUGCUAAUAAUACUAUUACAUAUAAUAUCAGUGACGAUAAUAAUUUAUAUAACAAUAAUGACGAUAAUAAAUUAUCUAAUUAUAAUAAUAAUAAAGAUAAUAACUCUUUUUUUGGCAGAAUAAAAAAUAAGGUUUCCUGUCAACAUACAAAAAAUACUAGCACAGAAGAUAAUUUUGAUACUUUGAGCAAUAAAGAAAAGAUUAAAAGCGAUGAUAAUACUAAUUAUGAUAAUAUAAGUAAUAAAAAUGAUAGCAUAAAGGAAUGUAAUGAAAUAAUAGAAGAAAUGGAAGAAGAAAACAAUCCUUGUUUUAAAACAUUAUGUGUUUAUAACAAUUUUAUUCUAAAAGAUUGUAAUGACAACGAAAAGCAUGAAGCAAAUCCUUGUACUCAAGAAAAAUUAUUAGAAAUAGAUGAAACAAAGAAAAAGAAAUCAAAUAAACAAAAAAAAAGGAAUUCAUACAAAAUCUUAAACAAAAGUAGUACAGAAGAUAGUACAAAAUCUGAUAUGACAUACUAUAACAGUGAUUCUUUUGAUAGCUCUCAAAAAUCAAAACAUUUAUUUUGUCUUAGCGAAAAAUAUAAUUGUAAUAGGCAUGCAGAUAAAGAAGAUGAACAAACUCCUAAUUAUAAUAGAGUAAGAUAUAGCUGCAAUACGGACACAACUAAAAAAAGUAGCAUCAUUAAUGAAAAAGAUAUAUACAAUAUAUCUAGGGAGAUCGAUGAAAAUGUUCCUAAUUUCAAAUGUAAAAAUUUGAAUGAAAUACUUAAUAAGAACUGCAAUAUAAAUUUUAAUAAAAAUGGGGAAUUAAAUUUCGAAGAGGAUAGUAAAAAUAAUGAAAUCUCUAAAAUUAAAUACGAAAAACCAAUUUAUGACAAAAAUUUUAAAAAUGAUAAAGAAAAAAUAGAAAUUAAUAGAAAAUCAUCUAAUUAUAGUUGUUUUUCCUUAAGGAAUAAUAUAAAUAAUGAAAAUGUUUCUUCAAAUCCUGAUAAUUAUGUUAUGAUAAAAGAUAAAAUACUUAUACCUAAACUAAAAUUAGAUAGAAUUCAAGAUAAGAAUAGAAGAAAUUUUAAUUCAUACGAAAUCCAAGAAGUCUAUUCAUUAAAUGAGAGAAAUGCUAAUCAAAAUGUUUCAAAUAAAAAUGAUUUAACAAAGAAAAAUUAUACAGAAAAUGGUUUUUUCAGUAUAAAUCCUAAAUGUUACCGUUCUUUUUUAAACUAUAAUAAUAAUUGCAUUAAUAAGAAUAAUAGUAAAUUUGCCGUUAAUAAUAAUUUUAACAAUGAUGAUGAUUUUUCGGAAUAUAAUUGCAAUACAAGUUGUAACCCCUUUAAUUUUGAAAGUAAAUAUUCAGAAAUUCCACGAAAAUCAACAAAUUUUAGUGAAAACAAACAUAGAAACUUUUCUAAUAUACAUAAUAUACAUUUUAAUAAAAAAAAUAGCUAUUAUGAUAAUAUAUCUAAGGAAGGACAACACAAAAAUUUAAGAUCAUUAACAGUUGAUUGUAAUUUUUAUAACUCUAAUAAACUAUGUGGAUUUAACAAUAUUGAAAGAAAUUCAUUUGAUAUAGACAAUUUCCCUUUAAAUAAAACGAAUUUAAGUAAAAAAUCAAAUGAAAGUAUUUCUUUAAAUUAUGAACAUAGCAAAAAUGUUUAUAAUAAUAGACUUACAAGUCAUAUAGUAAACAAAACAUAUGAUCGUCAUCAAAAAAGAAAAUUUUUCUUAAACGAUUGUGAGGAUUUAAGAUGUGAUGAAGGAAAUUGUAAUAGUAUUAAAUCAAAUUUGAACUGCAUGAAAAUAGGUGAUACACAUAACAGAGGUAAUAAACUUUUACAAAAUAAACAUUCUAGCAAUUGUGUAGAUAUUUAUGUAUAUUCAAAUAAUUUAAAGAACAUAAGUAUAAAUGACAUUAAAAAGGAGAAUUUUCAAGAAAAAAAUAAAAAAACAAAUAUAGAUAACAAUGAUAUUAACAAUAAUUAUAAUAAUUAUGAUGAUAAUGACGAUGGUAGUGGAAAUAAUGGUAAUAAUAAUAAUAAUAGUCAUAAUAAUAACAAUGAUAAUAAUCAUAAUAAUAACAAUAAUAAUAAUCAUAAUAAUAAUAAUAAUCAUAAUCAUAAUAAUCGUAAUAAUCACAAUAAUAAUAAUAAUAAUCAAAAUAAUAAUAAUAAUAAUAAUCAAAAUAAUCAUAAUCAUGUUUAUAACAGCAACAUUCAUAAUAAUGGUUAUAGCAUCAAUAAUAGUAGCAUAUGGAAUAGAUCUAACAACAACAAUAUCAGAGAAGACAAUAAUUCAAAAAAAUCAUAUGCAAGUAUGAUUCUGAAUUUUUUUAGAAAAAGUAAAAGUAAGGAAGAGACAAAAAUUAAUGACAAAAGUAAAUUAGAAAACGCGAUAAAUAGAAGUAAUUCAAAUUAUAUGAGAAAUAAAAUGAUAAAUGUUCCAUCUUUUACGAAAAAUAACAUUCAAAUGUUAUAUCCUUAUAACUCUGUAAGUAAUUUAAAUUACCUAAAUAAUAAUAAAAAUAAUUUCAUGUCUAUAUCUAGAGAUCACCUUUUUCCUCCAACAAUACCUUUUAUAAGAAACACAAAAAAAAAAGAAAGAAGUAGAACUACUCCUUUAAACAAAAAUGGCUUUCUUUUAUCCAGUAAUUCACGUGCUGAUGUAUUGAUUGAUUAUAAAAAGGGAUCAAAAGUUUCAAAUUUUAAUUUAAUAGAAAAAAGAAAGUCAUACAAUUUUUCAUCUAUUCCUUAUGAUAAGCAUAAUUUAUAUAAUGCAUACCAUAAUGCUUUAUCUAAUAAUAUGAAUUUUAAUAUAAAUAAUUUUACUUACUUAACAAAUAAAAAAGAAAGUAAUAAUUACAAUGAAAAAAUAGAGCAUGGAGAAAUUGAAAUGGGUUAUAAUCAGGAUAAUUGUAAUACAAACUCUGAUAAAUAUAAUACCUCAGAUAAACAGAAAAAUAUAUUAAAGGAUCAUUCUCUAAAUAACUUAAGUUAUUGUAAUGAAAAUAAUAUAUUGUCCAAUAAAAGGAAAUAUCAUAACAUUUCACUAACUAAACAAGAUGAAAUAAAAUUUUGUGAGGGUAAUAAUGCUAAUAAUAAUGUAUCAAAUUUAUUUGAAGCAAAUGCAAAUAAUAACAUUUUUUUUAGUAAUAAUGAUUAUAAUAAUAAUAGUGGUAAUAAUAUUAAUAAUAGUAAUAAUAAUAUUACUAGCAGCAAUAAUAAUAAUAUUAAUAAUAAUAAGAAUUUUGAGCAUCAGGAGAUAAACCAAAAUGAUUUUGUAACAAAUAAAAGUAACUUCAUAUAUGAAAAUAGCAACAAUAAAAUUUUUAAAAUGGAUAAAAAUAUUUUAGAAAAAAAUAAAAAUGAAACUUAUUCUGAUCAAUAUUCAACAGAUAUAUCCGAUAGAUUUUCUGUAAACCAUUCAGGUAGAUUAUCAAAAAGUAAAAAACAAAUGGAUAAUCAAAAUUUAUAUAUAAAAAAUAAUUUUCAAAGUAAUAUUCAAAUCGACACGCCCAAUGAAUACGUAAGAGAGCAAACCUUCAAUGAACUUUUUAAAAAUUCAGAUGUCUUAUGUAAUCAAGAAACUAAUGAGAAAAAUAUCAAUCAAAUAAUUUAUAAUAAAUUGCAACCUGUUGUUGAAUUAAAUGGAGAAUAUAAAGAUAACUUGUUUAUAAAUAAAGAAGUAUGUGGAAAUUACUUUGUAAAUGAAUUACAAAAAGAUGAAUUAUUUAAACAAAAUACAAAAGAUGAUUUAAUUUAUAAAAAGUUUGAAGGUUUUAAUAUACCACUUAAAGAAAAUUUAUUGAAUAAAAAAGUUUUAAAAAAUAAAAAUUCAGAGUCUCCAUCAGAUUAUGUGAAUAAUUUUCCAUUUGACGUAAAAAAAAAUCAUGAAUAUUAUGAAAAUGUAGAAAGAAAUUUUGAGACAAUGAAAGACAAUAGGAAAGGAACAAGUGAAAAUAUAUACAUAAAAAAAGACCAAGUAGAUGAAAAAAAAGAUAUUAAUAAGUUAAAUAGAAAUGAUCAAAUAUAUCAAAUAAAUGAGAAAGAAAAAGAAAAUAUAGAUGAAUUUGAAGACUCAGAUGAUGAUGAUAACGGCGAAGAAAAAGAAGAAAGUAGCGAAGUUGUAAAUGAGGAUGAAAUAGAAGAAAAGAAACAGAUAAUGAUAAAGAAGGAAGAGAAAGAGGAAGAAGAUGUAGAAGAAGAUGAAGAUGAAGAUGAAGAAGAUGAAGAUGAGGAAGAUGAAGAAGAUGAAGAUGAGGAAGAUGAAGAAGAUGAAGAUGAGGAAGAUGAAGAAGAUGAAGAUGAGGAAGAUGAAGAAGAUGAAGAUGAAGACGAGGAAGAUGAUGAAGAUGAGGAAGAUGAUGAAGAUGAAGAAGAUGAAGAUGAAGAAGAUGAAGAUGAGGAAGAAGAUGAAGAUGAGGAAGAAGAUGAAGAUGAAGAAGAAGAAGAGGAAGAAGAAAAGAAAACUAAUAAUAUUAUUGGCAUUAAUAAUAAUAAAAUUCCUUUUUGUAAUAAAUCUACAAAAGAUGAGAAAGAAUUUAACAAUCAUAAUAAAAUAGAUGAUUUAUUAAAUGUAAAAUUUGAAAAAAGUAAGCAUAGUCCACUAAACUUAAUCGAUUUUGAUAAUUCAAAAAAAAAUAAUUUAGAUGCAUCUUUAUCUAAAGAUAACAAUAUAUUCAAAUUUCCUACUAGACAAUGUAAAAAUAAUAAACAAAAAAUAAUAAAAACAUACGGAGAUGUAGUUGAAAAUAAAAUAAUUCCUUUAAUUAAUUCUGAGGUUAAAAAUGUAAUACAAGAAAAAUUAAAAAGUGAAAAGGAUACUACUGUGAAUAAUUCAGAUAAAAAAAACGAUUCAUUUAAUUUUAUGAAUUCAUCAAGAAAUAACACAUCUUCAAAAAAAGCAUUUAGCAAUUCAGGAUCAAAGUAUUUAAGAAAUACUAUAGAAAUUCAAGAAAAUUAUGAUCCCAAUUAUUAUAUGAAAAAAAUUCCGUCUUCUACUAAUGAGAACAAAAAAAAAAAAGUAAGUACUUUAGUAGAAGAUCCAAAAAAAGGUUUAGAUUCUUCAUAUAAUCGUUUAAGUGGCAUGUCUGACAAAAAAUUUUUAUGUACACCUGUAUCAUGUAAAAAUUAUACUUCAGAAAUUUUUUCCGAUAAAAAAAAAGGAACUGAUUUAAAUAAUAUUGAUAACAAAAGGAAUCUAAAUAAAGAAGCUAAAUCACCUAAAUAUAAAAAUUUGGAAAAUUUUGGUAAAAGUACUUUAUCCAAUACUGUUUUAAGCAGCAAUAUUAGCGACACUAAUUAUAAGAAUUUUACUUCAUGCAAAGAUUUAGAUGAAAUUGAAAACCAGAUAGAAAGUAGUAAAAGAAACAAUGAAGAUUUAAAAAAGAAAUUACAAGAACAAAUAAUUAUACAACAAGGACUUUUAAAGAUAAAAGAGCAACAACAGAUUUACAUAGAAAUGUUGAAACAAAAUGAAAUAGAGCAACAAAAGGAAAAGACAUAUGUUAAAAAUGUAUAA